AAGCAGUAGAAGAAGCAGCGACUGCGCAGCGCAGUGAAAAGCGGAGCGCGCUUUGCCCUCCUUCUCAUUCGACCUCCAUCGCAGCGCCGCGUAGCAGUCAGUGUAUCUCUGCGAGAGAAAUAGCUAUAUUAAAAAAAUGUCGGACGAGGGAAAAUUAUUCAUCGGAGGUCUGAGCUUCGAGACCAACGAGGACUCUCUGGCUGCAGCCUUCGGCAAAUACGGAACCAUCGAAAAGGUGGAUGUGAUCAGAGACAAAGAGACUGGUAGAUCUCGCGGGUUUGGUUUCGUGAAAUACGAUAAUGCAGAGGAUGCAAAGGAUGCACUGGACGCCAUGAACGGCAAGACUCUGGAUGGACGGGCGAUUCGGGUGGAUGAAGCUGGAAAGGGUGGACGCUCCAGAGGGGGAUUCGGCUCGGGCCCAAGAGGCGGCAGAUUUAGCGGCUCCAGGGGGAGAGGUGGGCGUGGUUAUUCCCGAGGUGGAUAUGGUGGCGACAGGGGUUAUGGAGAUAGGAGUUAUGGUGACAGAAGCUUUGGGGGUGGAGAGAGGAGUUUUGGUGGCAGUGGAUACAGGAGUGGAGGAUAUUCCUCAGGUGGCUACAGAGAGAAUAGGGGUCAGGGUGGAUACGGUGACCGCUCAGGAUCUGGUUCCUACCGCGAUGGAUACGACAGCUAUGCUACACAUGAGUAAACAUCUCCCUGAUUCAAGAUCAUCACUUGGCUGGCUGUUUUUCAAAGAUGCGCUCCUCAAGAAAAAUGUCCACGUGUUAUUGCUGACAUUAGUUCUGUAGUUCUGUUGUAGUAGUUCAGCAUCUUCAAAAAAAUGUAGCAAUGGGUUUUGGUCAUUCCUUAACAAACCUGUUACAAAUUACAAUUCAAGAACUUUAACCAUGCUUGAUUGGACAUUCAUUCCUCAAAGAUCGUGCAACUAAAUACAUCUGUAAUCUGAUACUGUUAAGGCCCAUUCUUGGGAUAAAACAGCUCAACAUGGCUUUUUAUUGAACAGCCAUUACUAUUGCUCUAAACCUUGUCCAGCACUUAAAGUGCUUCUUGAUUUGAUUCCUUUUCUUUUUAUAUAUUUCAAUAUCUGAUGGGGCUUGUUUGUUGUUUCCCCUCUCAGUCUCUGACUGACCUACCUCCUGCCAGGUUUUAAACUGAGUGAGGAAAAUAUAUGCUCAUACAGACCUUUGGGAGACUUGAUGCUAAAUUCCUUACUAUUAAACAAAAAACCUUAGUUUAGCUGAGGCUCCUGUUUGUUCAAUUUCCCAAAAGAGUGAAUUCCUUUCAGACUGGUGAACUACACAUCCGAAGUGGCCGGCUGUUCAUGAAGUUGCAAAUUGCAGCAUGCUACAGUCUGUCCAAGGUAUCUUCUGUGCUCUGCUCAACAUCUGCAUUUUUAAUGUGCUGUAAAAUGGACUAAUCUUGUUUAAAGUGAUCGAGAAAUGUAACUUUGUUUCCCUAAAGCUAUAUAUAUCAGACCGGGAACAGUUUUGUACUUUUUGUUCUUUGUAUGAUCAACUUUUUUUUGUCAGUUUGGCUUCAUGGAGCCUAUUAAACAAACUGUGGAAAAUGA